UACAAAUAAUUUUCGUUUUUUGUUGUGCAGGACUCCUUGCCAAAACAGCAAUGUCAAACACUUUGUUUAGUGUCAGUCGUAUAUUAUUUAGUUUGAUAACAGAAAUUGCAGGACAUUGGGUUGACAAUUUACAUCAGUUGCAAAUGUAAACAGGAAGUGACCUUUGAACGUAGAGAACAGCUGUAUUACACGUGUUUGUGGUCAGGGUAGUGCCAGUGGCAGUAAUUGUCAACAAUGACAGGUGGAGAUCGGCAGUCAGCAUUAGUGUAUGCAGAUUCAUUCUGGUUUAAAUACACACUCUCAGCACUUGCUGCAGUUGUAGCAGAGACAGUAACAUAUCCAUUGGAUCUUACAAAAACCCGAUUAAUGAUCCAGGGAGAGAAAAACCUGGAAGGAAACAGUAUUACAGUCAAGCAAAGGGGGAUGGUCAGCACAGUCAUUGGUAUAGUAAGAGAAGAAGGUGCCACCAAAAUAUUUCAAGGUCUUACUCCAGCUCUGUACAGACAUAUUGUUUACACAGGAUGUCGAAUGUCUAUUUAUGAAAUCAUCAGGGAAAAAGUUUUAAAAAGAAAUGCAGAUGGUAGCUUUCCUAUAUGGAAAUCAUCAUUAGGAGGUCUUACAGCAGGUGCAUUGGGUCAGUUCAUUGCUAGUCCUACAGAUCUAGUCAAAGUGCAGAUGCAAAUGGAAGGUCGACGAAGGUUAGAGGGUAAACCUCCAAGAGUGAAGAAUACAGCUCAGGCGUUUAGAAAGAUAAUCACAGAAGAAGGUUUUAGAGGGCUUUAUAGGGGUGUUGUUCCAAAUGUACAGAGGGCAGCAUUAGUUAAUAUGGGAGAUCUAGCAACAUAUGAUACAGUAAAACAGAGAAUUUUACGGAAUACUUCACUAAAAGAUAACUGGGUGACACAUACAAUAUCAAGUGCCUGCUCAGGAUUAGUUGCAGCUACCCUUGGAACACCAGCUGAUGUAGUCAAAACUAGAAUAAUGAAUCAACCUACAGAAAACGGAAGAGGUACUUUAUAUAAAGGUACAUUGGAUUGUUUGUUUAAGACAGUUAGCCAGGAAGGGUUCUUUGCCUUAUAUAAAGGAUUUUUGCCUAUUUGGGCAAGAAUGGCUCCAUGGUCAUUAACUUUCUGGAUAUCUUUUGAAGGAAUCAGGAAACUAUGUGGUGCAUCAUCAUUCUGAUCUCAGUGUAGUUAUAUAUGCAAAUCAAAAACAUUAAUAGAGUUUGUUUUGGUCUCUUGUGGAGAGUUGCCUCAUUGGCAAUCAUACCACAUCUUUUUUUUAUUUAUUUAGACAUAAACAGAAAAAUCAUCCAUUUCAUCUUAUUUUUAUCAUGAUUUCAAUAUGUGAUUUAAAUAGGGUGUACAGAUUGUUUUAUAACUGAUAUAUACACUUGUUACAUAAAUAAACACUGUAAAUUCAAGUAUAUUGUGUGCAUUUAUCUCUGUGAUUAUUAAGAAUGGACAUUUAUGAUUGUGAUCUUGGAAAAAGCUUCAUACAGGUAAAUGUAUACAGAAUGCAAGUUCUAAAUUGAUAUUAUAUGAAAUAUUUUUUUAAAAGAUACUGAAUGUCAGGUUUAAGAAAUUUUUCAAUAAAGCAAAAGAUUUUGUUUUAGAAUAAGGUACCUGCCAACUGUCACUAUUUGCAGAGGGUUUCCCCCAUGGAGGCCCCCAAAUUGAAAUUUUUAAAGAGCAAUUAUGUUCACAAUUUUAACAAAACAAAUAAUUUUACAAUGAAUUGAGGCUUUUGAAAACUUGGCAGGUAUGGAAAAGAUAACUUUUUUUCAGAUGUUCUUUUGCAGUCAAGUCAUGUAGUUUUACUAUUUUCUUAUCAGCUACUUCUAAUCAAUUGCAUGGAGUAGGAAAUAUAUAAAGACUUGUCCUUUCAACAAUAAUAUAAAACAAUAAUCUUGUUAUUGAAAAAUAAGACUCUAAAUGCUUAGAAAAAAAUAAUACAUAGUUAAUUUGUUAGUCAUUAUUGUACAAAAAUGUGAUGAAAUCAGAUCAAUAUCUGUAGGCAUGAAUAAAAUUGUCGGGACAGCUGAA